UCGUUUGACUUGAUGCGCUGACCCAUCUUUCUCUUGACAUCCGCAUCCCUGUCCCGAUAUGCUGAACUCUCCUUCGUCCACUUCCUUAUAGUCUUUUCCAUGCCCUUCGCGUCCCUCGAUGUUCAUGCCGGUGCCUCUUUAGCCGGACGUAGCUGACCUCUUCCCUUCUUCAGUGCCGUGCACUCUUGUAGUAAGUUAUUUUGUUACUCCACCAUGGUUCGCUCCUCGCCUUGCAAAUUCUGACCCGUAGCCUCUCGUUAGAUUCAGAUCCUCCGUUCUUUUUUACUAUUUCUUGUAUACUUUCGCCAUUCAGCAGGCUCUGAACACCACAUCUCUUAAUCCCGUGUCGCUAGCGACCUAUUCCUUCCGCCAUGCAAAACUCUGCGUACGCCUCGUCAAGUCUGACGGGAAGAGAAAGGUCGAGAUGGCCGCCCCUCACUCGUAUGCUCAUGUCUGGAGAGAUGUCGGACGAGAAGCCCCGAGAGCUCUUUCUCAAGGAAAAGUUCGAUCGGUGGAUGGUCAACGAGGGUUACCGAAGAUUCUUCGUGUUCGCUUUCUUGAUAUUGCAUUGCAUGGUGUUCGGCUUUGGUAUGGCCCAUUAUGGCUUCAAAGAUAAUUCCAUUGGGACCCGCGCGCAAUUCGGUUUCACCUUCAUCAUCGCUCGUUCAGCAGCCUUAACUCUACACGUCGACGUAGCCUUCAUCCUCUUCCCCGUAUGCAGGAACCUCAUCUCCAUGGUCCGCCGAACACCCUUGAACGGUAUCAUUCCUUUCGACAAGAAUAUCACCUUCCACAAGCUCGUGGGAUGGGCCAUCCUUUGGUUUUCCUGGUUGCACACUGUUGCGCAUUGGAGGAACUUGUGGAUCUUCGCGUACGAUAGGGAUCUCGGCUUCGUUGGAUUUCUUCUUGCAAACCUUGCCACUGGUCCGGGAUGGUCUGGAUAUGUCAUGUUGAUCGCCUUGACUGCCAUGUGCGUUACCGCAGCCGAAAAGAACAGAAGGGCCCAGUUUGAACGAUUCUGGUACACUCACCACCUCUUUAUCGUAUUCUUCAUCUUCUGGUCCGUUCACGGUGCUUUCUGCAUGAUUAAGCCUGAUUUUGCGCCUUUCUGCGACGGUAUUGGUGUCUUUUGGGAAUACUGGAUGUACGGUGGAUUCGCCUACCUCGCUGAGCGUACUUCCCGUGAGAUCCGUGGCCGACACAAGACCUACGUCUCCAAGGUCAUUCAGCAUCCCAGCAACGUUGUGGAGAUCCAAGUCAAGAAGGAGAAUACCAAAACUCAGGCUGGUCAGUACAUCUUCUUGUGCUGCCCCGAAGUCUCUAUUUGGCAAUACCACCCCUUCACACUCACAAGUGCCCCCGAGGAGGACUACAUUUCCGUUCACGUCCGUAUGGUCGGUGACUUCACCAAGGCUCUUGGAAAGGCGCUAGGCUGCAAUCUCGAACGCGGUGGUAAAGGCGAAAAGGACGGUAGCAGCGAACUCCCUCUCCGCCAAAUUCUCCCCCGUGUUUACAUCGACGGGCCGUUCGGUUCCGCAUCCGAAGAUGUCUUCAAGUUCGAAAUCGCCGUUCUCGUGGGUGCCGGUAUCGGUGUGACACCCUUCGCUUCCAUCCUCAAGAGUAUCUGGUACCGCAUGAACUAUCCCCAGGGCCGCACACGCCUCCGAAAGGUCUAUUUCUUCUGGAUUUGCAGAGAUUUCGGAUCCUUUGAGUGGUUCCGCUCGCUGCUCCUCGCCAUCGAAGCCCAGGAUCUCGACGACCACAUCGAAAUCCACACUUACCUCACCGCCAAGAUCAAGGCCGACGACGCAACAAACAUCAUGAUUAACGACGCCAACGCCGAGCAAGACGCCAUCACCGGUCUCCGCGCGCCCACAAAUUUCGGUCGUCCCAACUGGGAUAUGAUUUUCAAGUCUAUUCGCAAGAUCCACUCGCCGGCUGAAGCUGGUGUGUUCUUCUGCGGACCCAAAGUGCUCGGUUCAACACUCCACAUCAAGUGCAACCAGUACUCAGAACCGGGCUUCAGCUUUGUAUGGGGCAAGGAGAACUUUUAGUCGCAUUUACUGUACCAACAUAACAGAAGAUUUCAAAAAAAUCCAAAAUCCAUCUCACAUUCCCCAUUUUCGUCUGACGGGUAAUAUGUCCUGUUAUUCAGAGAGCUUCCUACUUCUUCAUCAAAUCCGGUACAUAUUUUCUCUCGUCUUGCCCCGUCAUCGCUUGGUGACGGUUUUCUCAUGGGUCGCAGUUUUUUUUCUCUUGUAAAGCGUAAUAGUCAUUUCUCUCCCUCCCCCCAAUUCCCCAGCCAUCCGCCCCUUAGCUGUUUUCAAAAUAUCCGUGUAGUAGCAGUGCUACAGCUCUAUUUGGAAAGAAAGCCAAUUGUCACCAUUAUAUCUUGAUACCUUAGAAGAAAUUCACAUCACCAUAUCAUUUACUCCUGCUCUUUCAAGUGAACCAAAAACCAAACAAAAAGUGCCGUGAACUCUAGACCAUCCAAAUAAACAGGAAAGGCCACACCAACCUGUCUCCUCUCCCAAAGACAAAACAGGCAGGCACUGACAUAUCGUACGAUCCACAACGCGUAUCUUACAUCAGGCAACCACGAUUGAACCCCGAAAAAGGAAAAGAAAAAGAAGAAGAAACAACGAACCAUCCCAACCACAAACUUCUGAAGCUCCAAACGUCUGACCCCUAUCUUCAACAACGACUUUGUUCCCCACUUCCUCAAACGCCACACACUACACUCGGCAUGGCAUAAUAUACCGCAGUACCCAUCCCAGUCAGGCAGUUCGUCGUGAGUGAUAAGGAAACACCAUCACAUCGGAAGGAAUCGGGGACGAGCGGCUUUUUGUUUUCUUAUUUCGGCAUGAAGGAUUCCACGUUGACACACAUACGCACACACACACACCUGUUCCGAAACAAAACAGUCAAAGGUGAGCUUUAGAAAUGCGGUCCCAGGCAUUACAUUUUUCUUGCGCGCUCCGAGGACGCCGAAGGGAACGGAAUUUCCCUUUUGCAAGUUGCGUGAUGGGAAGGGAUUGGUAUGGUGCGGUGGUGGUGGUGGUGGUGGUGGUGCGCGUGCUUGUGCUUGUUCAUGUUCAUGCUGCUCUUCUAUUUCCGUCUCCUGGGUUAUGGGUUAUAUUCGUACUAUUCGUGUGAUUUGUCUGGCCGCAAUUCUUUUUUUUUUGGUGUUAUUUUGAAAAAUAGACUU